AAUAUUAUAUGCUUCUUUAGACAUCAAAAUUAACGACUUCCAAACUUACUAAAUCCUAACUAUCAAGUCCUUAAAGAUCAACCAUUAACUAUUUGAGUUAGGAUCUUGAUUCCCCAUCGAGAUAGCGAAUUAAAUUGCUAUCAGAUAAAUGGAAUCACAUUCAAAAUGGAAUAGAUAAAGAUAAACUAGAAAAAAGGGAAGUAUUAGAAGAACGAAUCAAAAUUAUAGAAGAUGUAUUAGCUUCUGAAAAACCAAAAGAUGAAUAAAGAUUUAAAGUCAUUAAAGAUUCUGUCUUAAAACUAUAAGAUCAAGCACAUAAUCAAAAAUCAGAUAGAGAAGUAUAUAAUAGAUAACCAUAUUCCUUAGGCGUUUGAUGAUAAAAAAGAGAAAGAUUUUAGAACAUUAUCAGAUAAUAUUGCACUCUCAUUUGAAUAAGAAAGAAAUAUUAGAGCUCAAGGAGAAACAAAGUUGUAGAAGCAAGUUGAUGAACGUUUUGCAUAAAUAACUCUAACAAUCACUAGAAAUACUCAUUAAUAUGAAGACAGAAGCUAAGCUAAAAUAUCUGAGGUCUUAUAAUAAAUUUAGGUUGUUAAAAAUUAAUUAGAUUAAGAAAGAAGAUCACGGUAUAUUUAAUGUAAUAUAAUAAUAGGGAAGAAUCAGCUGAAUCAUUAUCUGAAUAAAUUGAUAGUGAGAUUAACAAGUUUUCAGAUUAAUUGUUGGUUGAAAAGAAAGUAAGAGAAGAGACUUAAGGAAAAAUAUUCAGAAUGAUUGAAGAUGUACAUGGCAAAUUACAAUAAGAUAUUAAUUUUGAAAGAAGAGAAAGAGAAGCAACUACUGAAGCAUUACUUAAAUUAUUAGAAGAUGCUUGCAUUAAAAUAGAUAAGAAUUUCAGAUCAUUUUGAUAACAAUAUAUAAAUAAAUUUAAAAUGGGA